AGAAAAACUCAACCACGUGAUAGUGACUCCGAGUCAUAUGACGGAAAUGAAACUGUUACAGUUUAGCGGAAAGGAUAUAAAACGUCGUCGUAUUACCGAGCUGUCUGUGGGACAUUUGGACUUUGUGCAGUGAUACUUUGUGUUGUUCCGUUUCUGGACACACAGUCAGGGGAACUGUAAAUGUGACGCUCCUUCAACAUCCUCAUUCGAGCAGCUGCAGUUUGCGGGGAAGCUCACCUGUCUGUCAUCAUGCUAACCGUGUUUGUUGUUGUCGUUGCUCUUGUUUCUCAAACUGCGGCUCACUACACCCCGGACUGGACGAGCCUGGACGCCAGGCCGUUGCCUUCAUGGUACGACGAAGCCAAACUGGGAAUUUUCAUCCACUGGGGCGUGUUUUCUGUGCCCGGCUUUGGCAGCGAGUGGUUCUGGUGGCACUGGCAGGGCCAGCAGCCCCCGGACCAGAAAUAUGUGAACUACAUGUCCCAGAACUACCCACCAGGCUUCACCUACCCAGAGUUUGCUCGUCAGUUUCACGCGCAGUUCUUCAAUCCGGAUGAGUGGGCGGAUAUUUUCAAAGCUUCUGGUGCAAAGUAUGUGGUCCUGACUGCCAAACACCACGAAGGGUUUACUAACUGGGAGUCUCCAAACUCAUGGAACUGGAAUUCUGUUGAUACUGGUCCUCACAGGGACCUGGUGGGAGACCUGGCAGAGGCAGUGCGCAACAGGUCACUGCACUAUGGACUCUACAAUUCCUUGUAUGAGUGGUUCCACCCUCUCUAUCUCAUUGACAAGAAGAAUGGCUUCAAAACGCAGGAGUUUGUGCUGCAGAAACUACUUCCAGAGCUUUAUAACAUGGUUGUAAGGUAUCGACCUGAAGUCAUCUGGUCUGACGGAGACUGGGAAGCACCUGACACCUAUUGGAACUCUACCGAAUUCUUGGCCUGGCUCUACAACGACAGCCCGGUUAAAGAUACCGUUGUGACUAAUGACCGAUGGGGAGCUGGCUGUGCCUGUAAACAUGGCGGCUACUACAACUGCGAGGACAAGUACACGCCGGGCCAGCUGCCCACACACAAGUGGGAGAAAUGCACAUCUGUGGAUACUCUUUCCUGGGGUUACCGUCGAAACAUGAAGAUGAACGAACUUUUGCCAUUGGCUGCGAUUAUCGAGGAUCUGGUCCGCACUGUGGCUUUUGGGGGUAACUACCUUCUGAAUGUGGGUCCCACACCUGACGGGAUGAUCCCCCCUUUGUUUGAGGAGAGGCUAAGAGGUCUUGGAGACUGGCUGGAGGUCAACGGGCAGGCCAUUUACUCUUCCAAACCCUGGAGGGUGCAGUCAGAAAACACCACUGUACCAGUUUGGUAUACAUCUAAGGGGUUGACAGUCUAUGCCAUCCUAACAGCCAAACCCCCGAUGAGCACAGUGAAACUGCUGGCACCCAAAGCUUCAGCCAUCACACAGGUGUUCUUGGUGGGGAAUCCCACACCUUUAUCUUGGGCCCCAGUCAACCCUGGUGGUGGCCUUGUUGUCCUUUUGCCAGAGCUGCCUUACACUCCUGCUCAGGCAUGGACGCUUGAACUGGACUUAGUGCAGUAAGCCAGCGGUCCCCAACCCCCGGGCCUCAGACCGGUACCGGUCCGUGAGUCGU